GACUGGACUCUCUCUCUCUCUCUCUCUCUCUCUUGCCAUUGUUGAAGAAACUUAGCUCUGUUUUCUCUGUUGCAGAGAGAGUACCGAAGCAGGAACAGUGGAUUACAGUACAAUGCAGGCGAUGAGGAAUCUUCUCUCAAUCUUCUUCUUCUUUCUCAUUUCCUUCUUCCCCAACCAAUCUCGCGCUCACAACAUCACACGUAUCCUGGAAAAGCAUCCAGACUUCUCUACCUUCAACCACUACUUGACGGAGACUCAUCUGGCCGCCGACAUCAACCAGCGCACCACCAUUACUGUCUGCGCUCUGAGCAACGACGCCAUGGCGGAAGUGCUGUCUAAGCACCUCUCUAUCCACUCCAUGAGGAACCUCUUAGCCUUCCAUGUCCUCCUCGACUACUUCGGUGCGAGGAAGCUCCACCAGAUCACCAACGGCACUGCUCUCGCCGCCACCAUGUUCCAGGCCACCGGAACCGCGCCGGGCUCCACCGGAUUUGUCAACAUCACCGACCUUAGAGGCGGCAAGGUGGGUUUCGCGUCUCAGGACAGUGAGGGAACAAUUGAUGCGUUCUUCGUUAAGUCGGUGGAGGAGAUACCUUACAACAUCUCCAUCAUUCAGAUCAGUAAAGCCCUGCCGUCUGAUGUCGCAGAGGCUCCGACACCAGGCCCCAGCGACCUCAACCUCACUGGCAUUAUGUCUGCCCAUGGCUGCAAGGUGUUUGCAGAUACUCUAUUGGCUAAUCCUGAUGCCGCCAAGACUUACCAGGACAAUGUUGAUGGAGGAUUGACAGUGUUCUGCCCUCUAGAUGAUGCAAUGAAGGGAUUCUUGCCGAAAUUCAAGAACUUGACAGCAGCAGGCAAAACAUCAUUCCUUGAAUUCCUUGCUGUGCCUGUAUACCAAUCGAUGUCCAUGUUGAAGUCCAACAAUGGCAUCAUGAACACGUUGGCCACUGAUGGUGCUGAUAAGUUUGACAUCACAGUGCAAAACGAUGGUGAUCAGGUGACACUCAAGACCAGGAUCAACACAGUUAAGAUCACUGGAACUCUGUUUGAUGAGCAGCCUGUUGCAGUCUACACGACUAAUAAGGUAUUGCUGCCAAAAGAGUUGUUCAAGGUAGAACUAUCACCUACUCCAGCCCCUGCACCCGCACCAGAGGAGCCAGCCGAUGCUCCCAAGCCCGCGAAGAAAAAGAAGAAACCAGCAAUCCCCUCACCAGACUCAGAUGCACCUGCUGAUUCACCUGAAGAAGACCCUGCUGAUCAGACUGCAGAUGAUAAUGCUGGUGUGAGAUUCUAUGGUGGAAAAGUUGUUGCUUUGGUGUUAAGCUUGUGCUUAGGGUUCUUGCUUCAGUGAGUGUUUAUUUUAUAUUUAAAAAAAAAUCAUAUUCCAUUUUCAUUUUCAUUUUUUCUCUUAUGCUUUGUGUUUUCUUCUCCUCUCCCCAAAUUCUUGAUAUUGUUUUUUAGUGUGGUGAGUUAUCUUCUAGUCUUCUUCUGUGUUGAAUAGAAUUUUCCUACAGUUUGAUUUUGUGAGGUUGAUUA